CCAUAUUUCAAGUUUUUCUUUCCUUGCACUCGAAGAAGAAUAAAAACGAAGCAAAAACCCGCUCCUACUCCGACUCUGAAAUCACCUCUCCUCCUAAUGAGUUGCACGUUCACUUUCUAUGCCUUCCAACAACUUUCUAUGAGUUAUAAAUAUCUCUCCAUCGCAGCCCUUCAAUCAGCACCACAAGUCAUUCUCUUAGCUGUUACAUUCAAAAUGGAGGCCAAAUGGUCACUGGUCUUGACAAUGGCGUUGAUCAUGUUAGUGCUCGUCAAUGGCGAUGAGUCUUCUGUAAAGCCGGUGGUGAAGACAGUGAAGGGCCAAAAGGUUUGCCAGAAAGGGUGGGAGUGCAGAAAGUUCUCUACUCACUGUUGUAACGAGACCAUUUCUGACUACUUCCAGACGUACCAGUUUGAGAACCUCUUCGAAAAGCGUAAUACCCCUGUGGCUCAUGCAGUCGGCUUCUGGGACUACCGUUCUUUUAUCACUGCUGCUGCCGAUUACCAGCCUGAUGGAUUUGGCACCACCGGCGGGAGGCAAACCGGGAUGAAGGAAGUUGCAGCUUUUCUAGGCCAUGUUGGCAGCAAAACCUCGUGUGGAUACGGGGUGGCAACAGGGGGACCUUUGGCCUGGGGUUUAUGCUACAACAAGGAACUGAGCCCCGACUCUUCCUACUGUGAUGAGUACUACAAACUCACUUAUCCAUGCACUCCUGGAGCUGCUUACUAUGGCCGUGGUGCCAUUCCUAUCUAUUGGAAUUACAACUAUGGAAAAACAGGGGAAGCCCUGAAGGUGGAUUUACUGAACCAUCCGGAAUACAUAGAACAGAAUGCUACCUUGGCCUUCAAGGCAGCAAUUUGGAGGUGGAUGACCCCAACCAAGCAGCAUCAACCUUCAGCCCACGAUGUCUUUGUUGGCAACUGGAAACCCACCAAGAAUGACACUUUGAACAAGCGUCUUCCUGGUUUCGGCACCACCAUGAAUGUGCUCUACGGAGAUUCUGUCUGCGGCCAGGGUGACAGUGAUUCCAUGAACAACAUUAUCUCCCAUUACCUAUACUACCUUGAUCUUAUGGGUGUUGGCCGAGAAGAAGCAGGGCCUCAUGAAGUGCUCAGCUGCGGUGAGCAGGCGGCUUUCAACCCUUCCUCUUCCUCUUCCUCUUCCUCUUCUUGAGUUUUGCUUGCUUCGUACUUACUGUACAGGAUUAAUAAGAGAGGGAAACCAUAACACAAUUACUGAAGAAAAAAGGCUGAAAUACGAGGGACAGAACGCAGAAAAAUACAGAGUUUUAUCCGUGCGAAGAUAAACGAGCGCGAUACUACCUUUGUUGUGUAACUGUUGAGAUGUUAUUGUUUUCGAAUUUCUAGUAAUUUGAAUCUAUUUACGUGUA